AUGGAGUUUCAUAAGAAAGUAGAACGAGUACAAGACAAAACGUACUCUGGUUAUGAUUCGUGUGACAGGAAAGCUCACCGUAACGGUAUCAAGAAGCCGAAGAAGCAAAGAUUCAUGUCGAUGAAGGGUGUUGACCCUAAAUUCCUCAAGAAUUUACGUUUCGCUAAGAAGCACAACAAACGACAUGUUAAGAUGGAAUCUACUGCCUAA